AUCUCUUCGGACAUUAACCUUUGCAGAGAGAGAGAGAGAGAGAGAGAGAGAAUGGCAGAUUUUCGAAGGGUAUUGGAAUUUCUCGUUCUUACUGCGAUUCUGCAAAUGGCAAUCUGCGCUGAAUUCUUCAAGCCUUUCAACGUGAGCUACGAUCACAGAGCUCUGAUCAUCGACGGCAAGCGGCGCAUGCUUAUUUCCUCUGGCAUCCAUUACCCUCGAGCGACACCUGAUAUGUGGCCUGAUCUGAUUGCGAAGAGCAAGGAAGGUGGGGCAGAUGUUAUUCAAACUUAUGCAUUUUGGAAUGGGCAUGAACCCAUCAGAGGACAGUACAAUUUUGAAGGAAGAUAUGAUAUCGUCAAGUUUGUAAAGCUGGUGGGGUCAGCUGGACUUUAUUUUCAUCUACGUAUAGGCCCUUAUGUGUGCGCAGAGUGGAAUUUUGGGGGUUUCCCAGUGUGGUUGCGUGAUGUCCCUGGCAUAGAAUUCCGAACCGACAAUGAACCAUUCAAGGUGGAGAUGCAGAGAUUUGUUAAGAAGAUGGUGGAUCUGAUGCAACAAGAAAUGCUCUUUUCAUGGCAAGGUGGUCCCAUCAUAUUAUUGCAGAUAGAGAAUGAAUAUGGAAAUAUUGAAAGUAAAUAUGGCCAGAGGGGGAAGGAGUAUAUUAAAUGGGCGGCAAGAAUGGCACAUGCGCUUGGUGCUGGUGUUCCGUGGGUCAUGUGCAAGCAAACUGAUGCUCCAGAAGAUAUCAUAGAUGCGUGCAAUGGAUAUUAUUGUGAUGGUUUCAAGCCUAAUUCUUAUAAAAAACCGGCACUUUGGACAGAAGAUUGGAAUGGAUGGUAUACAACUUGGGGAGGAAGGGUGCCUCAUAGGCCUGUCGAAGACAAUGCAUUUGCUGUAGCUCGUUUUUUCCAACGCGGUGGUAGCUUUCACAAUUAUUAUAUGUACUUUGGGGGAACAAACUUUGGCCGGACUUCUGGUGGGCCGUUCUAUAUAACUAGCUAUGAUUAUGAUGCUCCUCUUGAUGAAUAUGGCCUGCUGAGCCAGCCUAAGUGGGGGCAUUUGAAGGAUCUACAUGCAGCUAUAAAACUCUGUGAACCGGCUUUAGUUGCUGUUGAUGAUGCACCAGAAUAUAUAAAUUUGGGACCAAAGCAAGAGGCACACGUCUACCGUGGUUCUAGUCACACUGAAGAUCUGAGCUCAAGCCUAUCAGGAGAUGAGAUCUGCUCAGCGUUUCUUGCAAAUAUUGAUGAACAUAAUUCGGCUAGUGUGAAAUUCCUUGGUCAAGUUUAUUCUUUACCACCAUGGUCAGUCAGUAUAUUACCAGAUUGUAAGAAUGUUGCUUUCAAUACUGCCAAGGUUGGGGCCCAGAUUUCCAUCAAAACAGCUGAACUUGGUUCUUCUUGUUUUUCGAAUAUAACUGAACCUGGAUAUCAAUUACUUCGUGAGGAUCGUUUGAUCUCUACGACCUGGGUGACUUCAAAGGAGCCGAUUGGUGAGUGGGGUGAGAACAAUUUUACUGCACAAGGCAUACUAGAGCAUCUAAAUGUAACAAAGGACACCUCUGAUUACCUAUGGUAUGUUUGCAGAAUACAUAUUUCUGAUGAAGACAGUUCCUAUUGGGAGACAAGUCAAGUUUAUCCCAAACUCAUAAUCGGAAGCAUACGUGAUGUGGUUCGCAUUUUUGUGAAUGGUCAGCUUGCAGGCAGUGUGGUUGGCCGUUGGGUUCCGGUCGAGCAGCCAGUUCAAUUGGUUCAAGGAUACAAUGAACUAGCUAUCUUGUCUGCGACUGUGGGCUUGCAGAACUAUGGUGCUUUCCUCGAGAAAGAUGGGGCAGGAUUUAAAGGCCAAGUUAAACUGACUGGCUUGAAAAGCGGGGAAAUCGACCUUUCUAUGUCACUUUGGUCAUAUCAGGUUGGGCUUAAGGGUGAGUUCAUGAAAAUAUAUUCUCUGGAAGAGCAUGAUAGUGCCGUUUGGAUUGAUUUGCAACAGGAUUCAAUAUCAACUUCCUUUACAUGGUACAAGACAUUCUUUGAUGCCCCUAGUGGUAAAGAUCCUGUUGCACUUGAUUUGGGAAGCAUGGGGAAGGGUCAGGCCUGGGUCAAUGGCCACAACAUCGGAAGAUACUGGUCUCUGGUUGCCCCAAAAGGUGGAUGUCAGAAAACUUGUGAUUAUCGUGGGGCAUAUAACUCAGACAAGUGCACAACAAACUGUGGGGAAACUACUCAACGCUGGUAUCAUAUUCCAAGAGCAUGGUUACGGCCAUCCAACAAUCUACUUGUACUCUUUGAGGAAACAGGAGGAAACCCAUUAGAAAUAUCGAUCCUGUUGCACUCCACCACUACAAUCUGUGCUCAAGUUUCGGAGUCUCACUAUCCACCACUUCACCUCUGGUCACAUCCGGAUAUUGUGAAUAGAAAACGUUCGAUCAGUGACUUGCCGCCCGAAAUGCACUUGCGGUGUGAUGAUGGGCAGAUAAUCUCUUCCGUAACAUUUGCUAGCUAUGGAACUCCUCAAGGUGGCUGCCAAGAGUUCUCUCAGGGGAAGUGUCAUGCACCCACUUCACUAUCUGUUGUGUCUGAGGCUUGUCAAGGAAGAAACGAGUGCACUAUCCGCGUGUCAAACAAGAUAUUUGGAGACCCAUGUCAGAGAGUUGCUAAGACGUUAGCAGUCGAGGCCAAAUGCCAGUCAUCUUCUGCUAUGAAUGCUGCUUGGUUAUGAAUAAGAUGCCAGAGGGGCAAUAGCUUGUCUGGUUUAAUUACUUGAAUGCAUAAAAUAACAAGCAUGCAAAAAAAAAAAAAAACACCUUUAUUGUUCUUUAUGCUGUGGAAAUUCUCUUCGUCAAUUUCUCUUGUAAAUCCAAGUGCAAGUUCAUCCCA